CACAGCGAUGGCGGCUGCGGUGGUGGCGGCCCCCGAGGUCCUUCGGGAAUGCGGCUGCAAGGGCAUCCGGACCUGUCUAAUCUGCGAACGGCAGCGUGGAGGUGACCCACCCUGGCAGCACUCCCCACAGGUAAGGGCUGGAUGAGGAGGCCUGCCCACAACUUUAUUCUUCAUCUGAGGAACCUGAGGCCCAGACUGCCCAUGAAUACUGUCCUGGAUCAAACCGUGUUGGGGGGCCCUCGCCGUGAGGACGUUGCAGGGAAAACACACCGUUUUGUUUACUACUCGGACACUGGCUGGGCGGUGGGGGCUGAGGAGUCUGACUUUGAAGGCUGGGCCUUCCCCUUCCCUGGUGUGACACUGAUAGAGGACUUUGUGACCCAAGAGGAAGAAGCUGAGAUGGUGCAGCUGAUGGACCGUGAGCCUUGGAAGCUCUCACAGUCUGGACGGAGGAAGCAGGACUAUGGUCCCAAAGUCAACUUUCGGAAACAAAAGCUCAAGACCACUGGCUUCCAAGGCCUCCCCAGCUUCAGCCGAGAGGUGGUGCGGAGAAUGGGCCUCUACCCCAUCCUGGAGGACUUCCGGCCCGUGGAGCAGUGUAACCUGGACUACUGCCCAGAGCGGGGCUCAGCCAUCGACCCCCACCUGGACGACACCUGGCUGUGGGGGGAGCGGCUGGUGAGCCUCAACCUCCUGUCCUCCACCGUGCUGUCCAUGUCCCGGGAGGCGCCCGGCAGCCUGCUCCUCUGCCUGGCCCCGUCCGGCUUCCCGGAAGCCCUGGUGGAAGGUGUGAUGGCCCCCAGCAGGUCUGUCCUGUGCCAGGAGGUAGAGGUGGCCGUCCCCUUACCCCGCCGCUCCCUGCUCGUGCUCAGCGGGGCCGCACGGCACCAGUGGAAGCAUGCCAUCCACCGCAGACACAUUGAGGCCCGCCGUGUGUGCGUCACCUUCAGGGAGCUGUCAGCCGAGUUCUGUCCUGGUGGGAGGCAGCAAGAACUUGGGCAGGAGCUCCUGCAAAUCUCUCUCUCCUUCCAGGGGAGACCCUUGUGAGCUGCCUCCCCAGGGACAGGAGCUGGCGCUGGGCCUGGCCUGAGUGCCGGCUCCAGAGGUGACUGCUUGUCAGGAUUGCAGCGGGGAGCCCGGCACACGGGCCUUUCUCCCCAGCUCAUCAGGCUUCCAGAGAAGACUGCUGACCCCGCGCAUGGUAGCGCACGCCCUGCUGGGACCUGGUUCUGAUGGGCAUGUGCCUCGGGUCAGCCCCUUUGAGCCGCACUGUCGUCACUUGUUUGGGUUAUUUAAUUUGUCACAGUUUGAGGGAAGUGGCAUAAUUUGAGUUUAAAAAAUAUUGGCAUCACUUAAAA